UGCAACACUCGUUCUACUGGCAAUCUUUCAGCAACAGUUUGAAGAUGCAACUCAUUCGUGGUGGAGAUUCUGGACCAGAGUGGACCAACCUCGUGAAAAUCGAACCGGAAGAGAUAAUAUAUCUUGACAAGGGCGAAGUGGAAACUGGAAGCUGUCCAGCUGGUGUUAGUAUCGAAAACAGGUCCAAUCGACAUGUCACAUUCAAGAUCAAAACGAACAAUAUCGAAGCAUACAGAGUGAAGCCUUUCUUUGGAAUCGUUCGACCCAGAACGACGUUCAACAUAAAAGUGGACCGAAACCCAGGGUCAGUGGUUUUCCCGACGGACAAGGUAUUGAUACUCACAGCCCCCAUUGAGGAGAUUCAGAUGAGCCCGAAGGAACUCCUCGAUCACUGGAAAACGAUAGCCAAGAAUAGCACCAGCAUCAGAGAACACAAACUCCGCGUUUUGAACCAUAGUGCCAGUCCAUCUACGCCCAUCCCCACUCAAAUUGAAGAUCAAAGUCUACGGCCCUUACCUAUCAAGUCAACAUUGGCAAGGGAACCCAACGCUCUCAGGCCGGAGUCGAGCGUUCCACUGGGUCCCUGUGGACAAGAUUUGCCAAGGGAGCAAUCGACCUUGGAUAUCAUCCAGGAGGGUUUCGCGGAGCUAGAAAAAACGCUCGAAGAGAUGAGAACCGAAGUGCGAUCAACGUCCCAAAAUGUCAAGCAGAUAUGGUUCGUGGUUGGGGGAUCUACUCUCGGCCUUCUCAUAUUCCUGCUGCUUGCUAUACUUGUCCAGACGUGCCUGUCGUCCACCGAGUGGUACUGCUGAAACCUUCAAUCACUGAUAAAGAUUCACACUGGAGAGUGCAGAAGCCUUCUUACGGGCAGUGAACGUUUACAAAGCAUAAUCUGCGGUGAAGCGCAUUUGACGCAGAAGGACUAGGCGCCCAAUCACGCCGUGUCUACUUCGGGUCAAGGACACGUCUGUAGUUGUCAAUCACGGUGACUAUAUGGCAACUACAUGAGAACCAUAAUAAAAUACGAGAAGAAAC